AAAAGUUACUGUCACCGCCGUCAACUCUACAGCCCUACAAGUCACGUGGACGGUGGGCGUGACCGGAAACCUGGACAUCCUCGACUCCCGUGUCAGGUACAGGGGAUUCAUCAACGGCGAAUGGGCACCGUACACGCCGUGGAGAGCAACAGGAAUUUCAGGCACAAACGGAACUGUUCGCAUCUCUGGUCUGGUACCCAGUGUGAGCUAUCGUGUACAAGUCACUGUGGAAAAUGAGUUGGGAUUGAGUUGGCCGCCUUCAUGGGCAAGUGGAACUACAGAUGAAGCACCACCGGGACCUCCGCAAGGUUUGCAAGCCGCGCAGAUAUCUCACAACACCGUGCACCUGACCUGGCAGCCUCCGCUGAGAACCAACGGAGUCAUCCGCAGCUACACAGUCCAGUACGGGGAAUCAGUCACGUGCGAAACACUAGAGUUUUCUCCAAAAGAAGUUACCACGUCAGACGGCAGCACCACUACCGUUAUCAGAGACCUGGUUCCGUACACAAACUACACAUUCCGGGUGCGGGGGGCGACAAGUGCAGGAGGAGGAGACUUCAGCAACUGUAACAGCACAAGGACACUGGAAUAUUAUCCGACAGCCCCUGUGGUCUUCAAGGUUGCAGACGCACACGAUUGUAACUGCGAGGCAGCUAACGUCGCUCGGCAAGUGGCGUUGAACAUACAAUUCCGGCGCCCGGACAACGUACACGGUCCGCUGCAGGCGUACCAGGUCAGCCUGUACAACGGCUCUGCAAAAGAACCGUUCCACAGAGAGAACGUUACAUCAGGACUGCAGAGGGAGAACCUGACAGUCAUCGUCAGCUCAGCGCAGAUACAGCCUGCACGGAACUACUCUGUCACUGUGUCGGCCAUCAACACUGUUUACCGUGGGAGUGAGAGUCAUCCUCGUGUGGCCCAAACAAGCGACGGAUGUCCCGAUGCUCCAACUGUAGAAAGCCAGGUCACCGCUGACAGUUGUGGGCUCACGUGGACAUCACCGACACAGACCCGUGGGAUUCUUACAGGACAUGUGAUCACACGUACAGUGAUACCCCUUCACCAGUACUCAGACGACUCUGAAGCGGAGGUAAGCAAACAAACGUUCGGCAAAUCCGUCCAUCAGUGGUCGGCGCCGAAGCAAAACUUAUCCGCCAACUCCGUCAUACGCUUCACGGUCCAGUCUGUCACGUGUGGAGAGGGGGGAAAGAGCGAGGAGUUGACCUGUCAAGUUACAAGAGUCGAACCACCUACAGUGAUACAGCUUCCCUCCAGUCCAGCGGUACCCGUGGUUUCUACUGCCAAGACUUUUCACAUGGACCUCCCGGACGUGAGUGAGAGAAAUGGACCUAUAAGCUGUUACCAGGUGAUUGUUGUGAAGAUGAGGAAAGAUGAGACCCUGGCAGGUCUGGAGAGACGGGUUGGAGCGCCAGACGUCAUCCUGACAGACUCAGCACCACUAGAAGGGCAGACGGAGCCUUACGUUGCUCUCGGCUUUUCUAGAGAAGAGUACAGACAGCUAGUUUCAGAAGGAGUGGAUGUCGGGACGGGGGUAGGGUGUGAUCACGAGUGCUGCAGACGAAGCGAAGUCACAACAUCUGGCCGCGCAAAGGAUCACGGGGACAAAGCCUUGGAGCCGGCGACGAAGUACACAGCAGUGGUCAGAGUCUACGUGGACACUUCCGUUUCCGGUGGGAGGCGGAAGAGGGACACCAAAAAGUUGUACGCUACGAGCAGCUUUAUAGAACCUGUAGUCACACAAGAUGUGGUGACUACUGCAGUGAUUCCGAUAGCUAUCGGAGCUGCCGUCGGCGUGCUGUUGGUAUUAGUGACUGCACUAGGCAUCUUACUUUACAGACGACGGGCAGCGGCGAAGAAGAGUAUCCCAGCAGCAAACUUUCCGCUGACGCCGGUAGCGACUCCAGAGGAGGCUAAGGACGAGUUACAGGGCGCGGUCGGGCCUGCUGUGGACGCCGGUACCGAGGAGGAACUUGCGGUCAAACCCAAGCCAAAACCAAAACCAAAACCAACGCCACGGCCGCCAAAACCACCAGCCAAGAAGCCUUCGGCACCUGUACAAACACCCAAGUUUGAUGAGCCAAUAGCCAUCACGAAUCUGGAGGCAGAGUUUGACAGGAGAACCUCACAUGACAACCAGAUCUUCUCGGAAGAAUUCUCGGCCCUUCCGCGUACACUAGGGAGAGAACACGCCGAAGCUUACUACAGCGACUUCAACAUGGAAAAGAACAGGUUCAAGAACAUCAUUGCCUACGACAAUGCACGUGUACAGCUUACUCCUAUCUCUGACACUCCCGGAUCAGACUACAUCCACGCUUCCUACAUGGACGGCUACAAUGUUGCAAGGAAGUUCAUAGCAGCACAAGGUCCCCUGCCCAAUACGGUGAAUGACUUCUGGAGGAUGAUUUGGGAAACCGAGUCAAAGGCAAUAGUUAUGGUGACCAAUCUAAAGGAGAACAAUAAGCAAAAGUGCACCCAGUACUGGCCCGACAGUGGGAAACAGUCUUAUGGUGAUAUUGACGUCACCAUAGUUGACACCAUCCCUAUGGUGGACCAAUUGACACGGAUAUUUCUGGUCACAAAGGAAGGCGUCCGUGGGCGUCGUCAGGUCACCCAGUUUCACUUCCUCGGCUGGCCGGACUACGGGCUGCCGCAGAGCCCCAUGGGAUUGCUCAAGUUCCACAGGACAGUGGUUACCAAGACAACCGCAAAGGACACGCCCAUCGUUGUUCACUGCAGUGCCGGUGUUGGCCGCACGGGGACGUUUCUGACGGUAGACGCCAUGUUGGAGAUGAUGCAGGCUGAAGAGAAAGUGGACGUGUUCGGGUUUGUCUCCAGGAUGCGGCAGAACAGGAGCACCAUGGUCCAGACAGAGGCCCAGUACGUGUUUAUCUACCGGGCUCUACUGGAACAGUACCUGUACGGAGACACGGAGGUGGAAGUGGCGAACAUCCACCACUACAUGCACAAACUCAGGACCGAGCAGCCGGGCAAAGACAAGACGGGCUUCGAGAUAGAAUUUGAGAAACUGACACGACUACCAGUGGACCGUGCGAACAUGCGCAGUGGCAACCUACCUGCUAACAUGAACAAGAAUAGAGUGCUGCAGAUUCUGCCUUAUGACACGAGACGUGUGUUUCUCAAACACAAACCGGGAGUGAAAGGUUCUGACUACAUCAACGCCUCUUUCAUCGAUGGGUACCGGCAGAAGGAUGCAUACAUCGCUACCCAGGGCCCGCUGGACCGGACUGUGGAGGACUUCUGGAGGAUGGUGUGGGAAUGGAACUCCUGCUCUAUCGUCAUGUUGACGGAGCUCAAAGAGAAAGGACGGAGUAAAAGCGCCCAUUACUGGCCAGAGGAUGAACAGCUCCAGACCUUUGGAGAUGUGAUCGUCACAGCACAGGGCGUGGAGACCUUCUCUGACUAUGACCUGCGGACCUUUCAUGUGCGCCACACAAAGGAGGAAGAAAGCCGCACGGUGCAGCAGUUCCACUUCCACGGUUGGCCGGAAGUCGGUAGUCCUGACAACGCCUCCGGGAUGAUCGAUCUGAUUGGUCAGGUCCAGAAGCAGCAGCAGCAGUCUGGGAACGGACCAAUCACCGUGCACUGCAGUACUGGGUCUGGCCGCACGGGGACGUUCUGUGCCAUCAGCACGGUGCUGGAGCGGGUGAAAGCAGAAGGAAUCUGUGACGUGUUCCAAGUCGUCAAGGCGCUCCGGCUGCAGCGGCCUCACAUGGUGCAGACACUGGACCAGUACCAGUUCUGUUACCAGGCAGUUUUGGAGUAUCUGGACAGCUUUGACCACUACGCCAACUUCCGCUAGAAAGAAGAUAAAUACACUGGACAUUAUUUGCAACAGUAACCGUGAAACGCAACGUUCUGCCCAGCAAGGAAAUUGUACAAUAAAUAGUUUUUUUUUACCACUUUUGAAAUAAAUGCAUUAACUCUAGUAUUUUAUCACUAUAUAUUGUAGAAUGAGAUAUUGGUAGGACACAGACAUGUGCUGUUUAAAAGGAUCGUGAAAAAGGCUAUGUUUGUGCAAUUUUUAGUGUAAUGUAGACAUCACUAGACCGCGCUUACUGUUUUAGGUCGAUACGUAAUUAAAUUCUUG